UGUACCUGGGAGUUCACCGUGAAGGUGGCGGCGCCCAGCUCUGACUGAAAGCAUCCAUUUCAGAUGUUUUAUUAGUAAGAAGCUUUUACACUUUUCUAGGAUGACGACUCACUCACAGCUUGUGUGGCGAGGGCUACUUCUUGUGGUUACAGUGCUUCCCACCUGCAGCAGCUUGGAGGUUUCUAUUCCAGUCAAAGAAUAUGAGGCUGCAAGCGGAGGAGAAAUUGCUAUGACGUGCAACUUCAACCCAGCAAAACCGGACGUCAAGGCACUUGUGCUCAAAUGGGAGGCUCUACCCGACAAGAUCGACGGUACAACGCAAACGGUGGCCACUUACUAUUCAAGCCCGGUGGUUGACAUUGCGCCUCCGUAUGAAGGCAGAACCUCUUUGGUGGUUGACAUCCAAAAAAAAGUUAGUGUACUCACCUUGACAAAGCUGACCAUGCAGGACAACCGCCGCUAUCAAUGCAACGUCUUGAUUCCCAAUGAUGAUGAGGGAACAACAAUUGCCGGCACAUCUCUUUUGGUCCUAGUGCCUCCGUCAAAACCACUCUGCCAGCUUCAAGGAAAAGCAGAGUAUUGGUACAACGUCACCCUCACCUGCAUGUCUCAAGAGGGAUCCCCUCAGCCCGUCUAUGAGUGGAUGAGCUACAACGUACAAAAUGUUCACAGACCAUUUCCACCCAAAACCACUCAGAAGGAUGGGGUUCUAUCGCUCUUCAACAUUUCAAGUGAGACAUCUGGAUUCUUCAUUUGCACAUCAACGAAUCGAAUUGGCUCUGCCAGCUGCAACUUCACCUUAGCUGUGAUGCCCAGCAGCAUGAAUAUUGCAUCCACAGGAAUCAUAAUUGGAGUUGUAGUCGCGGGUGUUUUGGUUAUUGGAAUCAUCAUCUGUUGUUGCUGCCGGAGAAGAAGCAAAAAGAACAAGUAUGCUGAGGGAUCCCCAGGAGAAAUGGAAUUUUCUGACCAACAUGUUUCUGAACCUGAAAAGCCGUACAGGGAUGAUAAUACUAAGGAACUCAAAGAAUACGAAGACAAAGAUGUUGCUUCUCAAAGCAUUUUCACCAUCCCCACACCUGGACACAUGUUUGACGAUGACCGACACAGCGCUAUUAGUAGUACACAUGACGGUAAGGCCAGCGAUAUGGACUCUCAGCCUUACAGAGAUCGCUUCGACGAUCGAUAUGGCGGGAGUCGCGACCGGCUAGACGAUAAUCGUGAUCGUUACGGUGGGAGUCGCGACCGGCUAGACGAUAAUCGUGAUCGUUACGGUGGGAGUCGGGACCGGCUAGACGAUAAUCGGGAUCGUUACGGUGGGAGUCGGGACCGACUAGACGAUAAUCGGGAUCGUUACGGUGGGAGUCGUGACCGACUAGACGAUAAUCGGGAUCGAUAUGGCGGGAGUCGUGACCGACUAGACGAUAAUCGGGAUCGUUACGGUGGGAGUCGUGACCGACUAGACGAUAAUCGGGAUCGAUAUGGCGGGAGUCGUGACCGACUAGACGAUAAUCGGGAUCGUUACGGCGGGAGUCGGGACCGACUAGACGAUAAUCGGGAUCGUUACGGUGGGAGUCGCGAUCGCCUCGAUGAUCGGCGUGAUCGAUACGGUGGCAGUCGCGACCGACUAGAUUAAAAUAUAUUACAUUUCUGUGCUAAAUGUAUUACAAUUGGUUUUGUGUUCCACACAAAUACAGGACGGCCAGUUAGUUACUGUAUGUAUGUGUAUAUACUGUACUACUAGAGUUUUGUGGUAAAUUAGGUAAAAAAUUUUGGGGGGGAUUUGACACUACCAACUCAACAUUUAUUCAUUGUGUUAUAUUGGACAUUGCUUCUUAUUAUAGAAAUGUUUUUUGAAAUGAAGCAUCAUUCAUUAAUAUUAUUUCGGAGAAGACCAAAUUGGAACUCCUGAUGUGACGCUUGUUUUUAUUGAAGCACAAGAUUGAAUUGAUCUACGGGUAGUCGUGUUCCAUCUUUUAUCUCAACCUGGUUAGCAAGCAACUAUAACUUACACAUUAAAAUAUCAAUCUAGGCAUAAGAGUCGAAUACAACCUGCUUUGUUUAUCUGGGUUUGGGCUUAUUCUUUUGGUAGCAUGACCUAAAGCUAAUUCACAUGUUGCUUUAACUCUUUACUUCACAGGACGUUUGUGUGCUGUUAACAAAUAUUAUAUACUACCUUGGUAUUUUGAUUAUUAUUGUGUUUUCUAAUUUUCUAAAUGAUGAUAUUAUGUGUUUAGAAUAAUUUUAUAUAGCAUUAUGAAAUCAUUGUUAUGCUACAUAAUGCCACCUGUGCAGAAGUCAUAGCUCAAACAUUGUUCCAGACUGAGUUUUAUUAUCUAGUCUCGAUGAAAAAUGUGUAUGUUUUAUGAUUGAAAUGCCUAUGAUUUGACUUUUGUUUAGCUGUAACAUUUCUAGUAUUUCAUGCCCAUUGUGUAAUAAAUGACCGCCCAUUUACAAAGUGUGUUUUUGUAUCAAUCAAGUUAAAUAAAGAC